GCCAGGGAUACAGAAAGAGGCAAAAGACAGCCCCCCUGCCCUCAAGGAGCUUACAAUCUUAUGCAUGUACAGACUGAUUAGAAUACUGCAAAUACUGUCAGACUUGGCUAAUGUAUGGAUGUUUUCCCUCUUAAACAUUAUUACAAAGGAUGAUUCAUUGGAGUGGUAUAUAUUUGGAAAUAAAGGUGAUAUAAAAACAAAGAUGAAGGAGUAAAAGAAGGAUCAAGGAUUCCUUUAUGAACACUUUGGGCUCCACUUCUCUUCCAGCCUCGCUGGGCAGAUUUAGCAGAGGGCUCUGGGGGCUCUGGCUGUGGAAGAAGCCCGUCUUCUUAUUCCCCAGGAUGGGGGCAUGCGGGCCCCAGGUGACAGGCAAGACGGAUUCCCACAACCUCCUUCCUCUGAACGAAAGGGACUUAGAAGAGCAGUUUGUGAAAGGGCACGGUCCGGGCGGCCAAGCCACCAACAAAACUAGCAAUUGCGUGGUGCUGAAACACAUCCCGUCCGGCAUCGUGGUCAAGUGCCAUCAGACGAGAUCAGUGGACCAAAACCGAAAGCUAGCGAGAGAGAUUCUGCAAGGAAAAGUGGAUCUCUUCUACAGAGGCGAAGACAGUCACCUUCACAAAGUCAGAAAGGAGGCAGAGAAAAAGAAGAGAGAGAGGAAAAAAAAGGCAAAGGAAACACUGGAGAAAAAGAGGCUGUUAAAGGAGUUAAUGUUAACAGAACCGAGUCCCAAGGCCCCCCUGUCCAGAGAUGAGUGAUCCUGGGCACGGCCUUGAAGUGCCACAGCUUCUGCACUGCCAGCACUCUCCUAGCAGCUUCAAAUAAAUGAUUUUGGACAAAUUCCUAAGUCCCAAUUUGUUCUGAGCUGGGGUCUGGGCUCACGUUUUGAAGGCAUUCGAUGUCGCCUCAUCAUCAGCUGGGAGGUGUCGCUGGGCCGCAGUUAUCUCCAGGCCACGUCAAUAAGAGGAAAAAAGACAAGGAGAGAUUCUGAGAGCCCAUUUACUUACUCUCUUAGCUAUGAAGGACCAGCAGAUCAAAGACAGGAACAACUCACCAAGUAACUUUUCUGCUUCCCAAAAAGUUUGCAUACCAUUGUGUGUAGCUGCACACGCAAGGGGAACCCAACGUUACAUGUUCCGUUCUUCUCCCUCCAGAUGGAUUAUCUAUCCAGCAAAAGAGAUGCCUACCUUAUCAUUCCAUUUUAGGCCAAGUCAGUGGCUUGGCUCAUUAGUGCAUGUGUAUAAUUAAUGCACAAACAGAGAACAACAUCCAUGAGACAGCAGUGACCUGUUACUUUAAUCAGUGGAUCAUGCAGGCCCCUCUGCUGAGACCAGUCGUCAUUGGGCAGUGAACAAGGAAUUCAACAAUCAUUUAUUAAAAUCAUCUGCCUUUGCUGUUAUGGAAAUGUUCCUUCUCCUUUUUUGGUGUCAAGUUCAGAAUAAUACUUUGAAUAAUCAUUUAUUACCUUCUAGGAGUUAUACCGUAAUUGGUUUCUUCUUGGAACAGCUCUAUUUAAAGGCUUUUUUGGAUUGACCACCACCUCACACCCAGAUCAGCAAAGACGGAAGGAAAAAUUCAGUGUUGGCAGGGUGGUGGGAAAACAAGGCACAAUCCUUCACGGCUGAUGGGGCUGUGAUUUGGACUAACCAUUUGGAAACACAGUUUGGAAUUGGGCAAGAGAUUCUGACAAAAUUGUUCCUACCACCCUUUAGCUUAGUAAUCCCACUACUGAAUGUACACCCCCAAUACAUCCAGCCACAUAAAACCAUGUGAACAAAAAUAUUCAGAGCAGCGCUACUUGUAAACCACCCCACAACCGAGGCAUGCCCAAACAAAUCCUGGUAUCUGCAGGGAACAGAAUAUGGUCAUGCCAUCAGGAACAACAGAUAAGAACAGGGAAAUAAUAUGCUUUAUAUAUUCGUACUUUGUAAGGUGUUGUGGGGAGUUGGAGGGACCCAGAAGAAAGCACAAAACUAGGUUUUGAGUGGAACUAAACAUUACUGAUGAGUUCCCUUCCCAAAACAAACUGUAGGAUCCCUCAAAAACUAGGGAUAGCUAGGGAGCACAGUCAAUGGAGCACCAGGCCUGGAAUCCAGAGGAGCCAAGUUCAGCUGUGUGACCCUGGGCAAGUCACUUAACCCCCACUGCUUAGCUCUUACUGCUCUUCUGCCUUAAAAUAGUUACUAAGACAGAAAGUAUGGGUUAAAAAAUUUUGAUCAAACUACUUGUCCAUUCUGCCCCAGCCCGGACUUUUUAGCAUUCAUAACCGGGGUAGGCGGAACUGAGAAAGCCCACUCCCUAGAUCCGGCCCUAUCAGCAUUUAGGGAAUCAAGUUAAUGGUUCUAAAAAGCCACAUCUUCCCCUACUUGCCUUCCUGCCAGACUGACCACAUCUCUCCUCAUCUUGUAACUGAUGCAAACCAACAUGAUGUCAUUCUCUCAAUGUAAGCCUGCUGUCGGUUUCCACCUCUGACCCACAAGGCUUUUCAAGCUAGAUCUUGCCACCCCGACACAUUGCUCGGCGCCCCUGGUUUCAGUGAAACUCCCUUGAUUCUGGCCCUGCUACCAGUCAUUUGUCAUCUUGUCCGACACCACGUCCCAAAUAAAAGCAGACCUACAUACAGUUUGAUACAAAUUGUUAAUGAAAAUAAGCUUUAUUACAUCAAGUAAUAAAUACAAAGAUGCACGUAA